AUGGCAUCACAAUUACCACUCGAGAUUCUUUUACAAAUCGCCGAUAUUUUAGUGACAGAAGACAGGCUUUCGUGUGCUCUUACUUGCAAGAAAUGGAGAUACCCGUUCCAAGAAACCAUUUGGAAAGAUGUCAUAAUCAAUUCAAAUACGGAUUAUGUAAAUAUCUGCAAUACCCUUGAGGGUUCAAAAGUUGGCUCCUCAUCACACGGUCAAUCAGUACGCUCUCUAUCCAUGAGUCAAAUUUGCCUUAUACCAAAUGACGGCCAAGACAAACUUUUGAAAUCUCUACCAAAUCUGAAGCAUCUUGAUCUCGGACGCACGCGUCGUAAAGAUAUCAACAAAAGGAUGACGAUACACAACGAUGUAUGGAAGUCGCUUGAAAGCUUAAAAGUUCAGGUCACCUAUAGUAAAACGCCAGACUCGACAGAACAGUUCAUCAAGCUAUUGGAGAAUUGUUCCAAGCUCCAAAGCCUAGAGAUAUUUAAAAGUGGUGUUUUUCAACCGGUCAUGUUUACACAAGAGGACUUUGACAGCCUCCACCAAAAAGUCCAACUCUUGUCAUCCUUCAAGGCCUGUAUCUCUCUCGACAGGAACUUGGACCCGAGGCAGGAGAGCAUGGCAUCAAAUAUUGUGCCAAUAGUUGGCUUGACAAAUCUCGAGUUGCAGAUGUGCGAGUGGAGUUCUUUGUGGGCGUAUUACUUUGGUCACAAGUAUCCAAACCUGCGCUACCUGAGCUGGAGUACUGUCAACGCACAGUACUGGCUUAUAGCUCCGCAUACCACGCAGCCUAUUUCAGAAAUACUUGAUUUAAACACCAAUAUAUUCCAACAUCUGGAAACACUCGAAUUCGUAACCGCAGACGCUUCAGAGCGCGGUCAUGCCGAUUUCUGGGAUUUCUUUUUGCCAUUAAGUGUGCCUAUCAAACACUUGAAGUACAAGACAAACUGUGGAAAUAACGUCGAGAUGUAUUUUAGAACGGUCAUCAAACGGUUCCUGCGGUCAUUUUCUGAAACACUUGAGACUAUCACAGUGGAAGGAAGUCUGUUUUACACUGGCGGACUUACCCCAAGGCUAAACUUACCGUCCUAUUGCCCAAUGCUGGUCGACCUUGAAGUCAAAAGCUGUGGUGUGUCGAUUGACCUGAACAACCUGUUUGACAACUGUGUAGCCCUGGAGCGGCUCAAGUUCUAUAGCGGGGAGCUGCUGUUCCACUCGAGCCUUUUGAAUCGAGAGCAAAGGCCAAACCUAGAACAACGCCAGAAACAGAGAGAGAAGCAACAUGGGCUACGAAUUCUGGAGCUGCAUGAGGUUGCUGCCAGUGCUGAUACAUUCAGUGAUAUUUCUUUCAGGUGCAGGCGUCUGGAAUACAUGAGUUUAGAUACUACGUUCAUAUGUGGUACUGUUCCUAAGAGGGACCCAUGUUUACUCCUCGAUAUGACUUAUACUUCCUUCAAGGCUCUUCAUCUCGCCCAUGUCAAAUUCUGCUCGUACUACGAUAACAGUCUUCAACAAAAGAUGUCUCUCAGCUACCUGUGCUUGUCUCAAUCAAACAACCCUCAAUCAUCCGAAGUAUCAUACGGCUUUCAACCUCUGGCUGUAUUCCACAUCUUCCCCGAUGGUGAGUACGACAUGGACUACACGAUAGGCCUCAAAAAGCUUUCAAAGCGGCAAUUUGGUACGACAGUUGAAUACUUUGAAAAUCGCCGGUUCAGAAGAUUUGGGAGUGAGUUAAAGCCCGAUAGACGGUCAAAUAGAAAGAUUUGCGAAGAAGACAGACUUUUGCAAGAAAAUCUUAGUAAAGGCUAUGUCGAACUGAGAUGUAACUACGUAGCAAAGUAUACUACUCCUGAACUUGCACCAAGUGUCAAGGAGUUUUGGAAAGAUUUGUACAAUAGGGUCUAUAAAAAAGAGAAAGUAAAUUAA